UCUCGUUGCUGUGGCGACUCCACAUUGCGCAUGGGCGUCCCGCCGCGGCCAAUCGCAGCGUCCGAAACACAGAGAGGGAAUCAGGUGUGGGCGGGAUGGAGGAAGGAGGGAGGAACCGCCGUUGACUGGCGCUCGGAGAGAGAGGCGCAAGAUCGGUGUCUCGCGGGCUUACGCUACAAAUACAAAUAUGGGACAGGCUGGCAGGAAUAACAGCACCCCAUAAGUAAAUCCUUCUAGGUGUGAUUAUUAAAAAAUUAGGCAUAAGACGUUUUUGCUUCACCCACUCGAUCGCAGUCUGAGGCAGUGAGGACCCCAGUGUGGAGUGAGGGUUGCACCAGGCGGAGAUCAACUGGAGGAAUACAAGCAAGAGAGGGGCUUCAUGGAAGCAAGAGAUCAAGAUGAAAUAUCCAAUGGGUUUAUAUAACAAGGCAACCUAAGGAUGUCCACAGAUGAUAGCAUUUCUGAAGACGUGUCCACUUCGGCUGCUCUGAGCCACGAGAAUGCCGAAACCAGCGGGGGGAAAGAGAGCGAAGCCUCUAUCCUGUCCUCCGAGGAAGCUGCACCGGGGCUGGCCGGGCCGGAAGAGGAGCACGCUGCCGGUGGUUCCAUCCGGAAGUUGCGCGGGAUCUUCCCGACUACCCCCGGGUCAGUGAAGAGCCGAGGUCCCACAGCUCCUCUGCGCAGCAAGAGCAGAAAUCCAUGUCUCGGCGUCGAUGAAGGAUUCAACUCGGGAAGAACUCUUCCUUCAAUAAACCCCAGUCCCAUUGACACUCUGACAGCUCUCGUCAAAGAGAUCCAAAGCAGCGGAGAGGCCAACCCUGAGAUAUGGAAGAACUGUGAGGGCAGAUGGCUUCAGCUGUUUCAGUUGGUGGAGAAGCAGUACCAGGAUCAGAUUUUAGGCCAGCAGGAGCAGUACCAGUGUCAAAUUCAGCUCAUACAGGAUGAAAUCAAGGCCUUAGUCCAGUUACAGCACAGACAGAGCGCCACCCAAAAUGCAGAGGACUUGCUUAAUGACAAGCCUGGGGACUCUGCCUUGUCUGGAAUCCUGAAUGGUGGUCAUUCCAGGUCCUUUGUUCUCCACGAGCCGAGCUCAGUACCUUCUGGUCGUGUUCAGGGAGGCCGACAUCAACAGCGUCAAGAGGACCCGGCGGUUACCUUGUUGCUCAGCAGUGGCUAUGGGACACUUUCUGCCUCAGAACACAGCAUAAACAAAGCUGAGGAGUCCAACAGCACAGAGACCACCUCUAGGGAGAAAAAUGCAAGGCCAGACCCUCCUCCCUCUGGAAACCUGUCACAUCCUCUCAAGUCUGAAGUUGCUUCUGAAGAAACUAACGCUCAGCCUGAAUCAAGGGAGAGACUGCUCGAUGGAAAAACCUGCGGAAGCUUGCAGUCUGACCCGAUCCUUCCUCUUGAUCAAAGCAAAGCCAACAGUCAGCCAUUGACGUCCUGGGCUCAGAAACAGCAGCGGAGGACACAGAAGAGCCGGGCGGUGCAGGAUCAACAGCUGGAAGACCUGUCGGACCGAAGCUCAGUUGGAAUUCAGGAAGCACACACAGACGCCCGAGACGAAUUUCGAUCCAGCUCUGCAGCACAGUCCUCACGUUUGUCCUACCUGAGAAAGCGAAAUGACAGCCCAGUCUCCCUGGUAUCUGAAGCUUCAGGUCUUACAUACUGGAAGCUGGAUGAGAAUGAACUGUAUCAUCCUUUGCCAGACAGCAUUGACAAUGGGUCUUAUCUGUUCUUUCAAGAGGGAUCAAUGAAUCUGCUGCCCAAAGAUGAGCAAAGGCGCUCUGUUUCCCUGAAGGAAAUUUACCACAGCAGGCAGAGAGAGGAUAAAAAUCUUCAAGGCAGGGAUUCUCCUUCUUGCUCGAAUCGGUCAGCUCCACAGGUUUUGACCCUUGAUCCGACACUUCACAUGAAACCAUCAGACAGGAUUACUGGCUUCACCUCAUCCCCCCAGUUCAGCAGUCCGUCGUUUCCUGCAAAUCCAAAAGCUUCAGCUGCCAGAGCUCGCCCAGUCAGCCCGGACUCGAUGGCUGAAGCCCCAUCUCAAAGCCAUACAGACUCUGAUUGCACAUCCAAUGCCAGCAGCUUUUCAGCGGCCCAGGUGAAUGGAAACCAUAAAUACCCUUCAGAAAGGACCUCUGUGCCAAACACGAGCUGGACCUUGCCCUCUACCUCUUGCCAAGCGUCGCAUCCCAGCAGACAGCAUCCAUUUUUCUGUAGUGGAACCCAAGGCUACAGCCUCUUCCACGCCGCAGAGGAAGCCCGACGCUCUCCUCCCCCACCUCGGUCCAGUUUGGAUGCCCAAGCGGCUAUGCGCAACAGCAACGUUGUAGGUUCACUCGAAAAGACAGCUUCAUUGUCCUCGCUGGACGACCCUGUGGUUCUGUCCCUUGUGAGGCAGAACUUGAGGGAGAAGCACUCGCGCCAUAUAGCUGAUCUCCGUGCCUAUUAUGAAUCGGAGAUUAACAGUUUAAAGCAGAAACUAGAUUCGGCCAGUAGACCUCCCAAUUAUGAUGGCUUGGAAAAGACCAAUCGGAGUCUUCUUGAGAGAUGUGACCAUCUUGAGAGAGCCCUCACUGAGGCAAGCAGCCGUAUCAGAGACCUGGAAAACAAAAACAGGCUGCUGGAGAAACAGCUGGUGGACUGGCCAGAACGGUAUGACAUGGCCAGCGCCACUGUGCAGGUGUUACAGCAGCACCUGGAUGAGGUGAAGAACAGUAACAAGGAGAAGGACAACACAGUUAGCAAGCUGAAAGGCAGGGUCAGACAUCUGGAGGAGGCUUUCCAAAACGCCUACAAGGUGUCAGAUGACAAGGAGGUCCAAAUGAAAAAGGAGCACAAAAUGUUACAGGAUCUUCUUAUGGAAUAUGAAUCCUUAGGAAAAGAACAUGAAAGAGUUAAGGACACGUUGGUAUCAACUGAGAAUAAGCUCUUUGAUGCAAAUGCACAGAUAUCUGAACUGAAGAGGAUCAUUUCGAAACUUGAAGCACAAAUAAGACAGCUUGAACAUGAAAAUAUUGUCAAAACACGUCAUGCUGCACAGAGCCAUUCUCAGGCCUCAGGAGCUGGUCUAUAUCACCAUCCAGAUGUGCUCCACUCCCCUAGUAAAACCUCAGCAGAAGUGGAUGUCAGCAGAAGGAAAUGGCUGAAUCCUGGUGCUGACUAUUCCAUCUUCACUGGCCGGCCUCUGGAGAAAGAUGUGUCCGACAGCAGCAGGUGUUAUUCACCUCCAGAGAAGGACUCGGCACAGAAAGAGGGGACUCCGGUUAGGGAACCCCAGAAGAGAGAGAGCCCCUUGACUCCGGUAAUGAAGGCUCUGAUUGAGCUGGAUGACAUCAAAGGCACUGAGGGCCGGGCCUUGAGAAAAUCAGAUAUCAGCAACUCAAGGUUCGGAAGUCGCAGGCCAACUGUGAGUUUUGUUGAGGGGUGUAGCAGGGAGUCAGCCUUGGAGAAAGGGAGCUCUGUGCUGAAGAAACAGAGAAGCCUCUCGCCCGUUGGGCACAGGUCUUCCUCCCUGCCCCCGUGCACUAGAAAGUCCACCACUGUUUCCACUCCAACUAAGAGAGAUACAAUGAUAACGCCACUUUCAGCAAAGUCCAGCCCAAAGAGAUGCCCCACAGAAAACUUUUCGCCAGGGUUCAACCACUUGCUUGGCAAGGAAGAGAACUCUCAAACUCGCUUUGAUGUGCACCUCAAUGAAAUGGGUUUUGUAUCGGCUUCACCAUCUCACAGUCCACGAAAACGGCUUCAGUUUAUGUCGCAGGAAGCAGAAGUAAGUCAUCAUUCAAGUAACUCUGGACUCAGGCUUGAUAGCCGUACAGAGUCGGCACUGCAGGCCGUGAGGCAGGGCAUGGUGAGCAGCCAGCCCACCUGGGAAGAGGAUUCGGAGGGUCAUGCGGCUGAACUGCUGACGCCCUACGAAACGCAGCUCCCCUACCAGGCCAGGCUGGAGUCCCUGGCCGAGACAGAGAGGCUCUUCGAUGAGCUCACGAGAGAGAAGCAGCAGAUCGAGGCUGCGCUGAGCCGCAUACCAGGUGGAGGGGGGAGAGUGACCUUGCAGGCAAGAUUAGAUGAAGAAGCCUUAGAAGAUCGACUGGAGAAGAUCAAUCGAGACUUGGGUUCAAUCCGUAUGACUUUGAAGAGGUUCCAUGUUUUACGGACCUCAGCAAAUUUAUAGAAAUGUCCCAUAGAUGUACAAAUUGCACUAUAUAGAUUAACACAGCUAUUUGUCAAUCUACUCAACAUGAUUUUUCCAAUGUACCAUAUUGUAUAUGUGCACAGACUGUUUUCUACUUUUACUAUUGUAGCAUAUAUUUUCUAGGUUUUAUUACAGGGAAAAAAAUGUUUAAAAAGGUAUAUUUUUAGAAAUGUCUGGAUUUAUAUAAACAUUACUUUUUUAGACACUUUAAAAAUAGUAUUAUAUAUGCUUACAUGCCUUGUUCCAGUUAAUUAUGUAUAUUUUAUAUCUGCAGAUUAAUUUAAAUGGGUGGAUAUAAUGAUCAAGCUGCAGUGCAUUUUAAAAAGUUAUUUAGCUUAUUUAGGAAUAUACGAGUCUUCCAUUAUUGAAGAAAUGUUUUUUAAAAGCUGUGAACUCGCAUUGUACAAACAUAUAAUUUUUUUUUUAAAUGUUCAUUGAUACUUGCCAUGUCACCACAAGUUAAUUGUACUUGUAUGUUCGUGUAAGGCUUCGAUUUAAAAAAAAAUAUGUAAGACAGGAGAAGCAUGGUGCUGUUUUCACAAAGUGUUUUAUGACUGUUCCAUAAAUGAGAGCAAAAGCCUUUUCUGUUCAAGGCUCUCUGUCAGGUGGAAUUUAUGGUUUACAAAGCUAGAGAAACUGAAAUCUGCAUUGUGCAUGAUUCCAUGACUGGAGUAGUUCUUUUUCAGUACUUUCUUCUUAUGAAAUAUUUUUGUCAUUGGAGUUAUGUGUAGCUUCACAGCCUGAUUUGUCAGGUUAUGCAAGUCCAGGACUGUUAGUUCAGGAUUAGCAAUAAUCAAUGUCUGUGAAAGUUGUUUUUGGACUGCACGAUGUUAAACAUGUUUUUUUAAACAUUCCAUGACAUUCCUCUUUCAGCCUGGAUGGAAAAGCAUAAUCAUACAUGUACACUUUCUGCCAAUUGUGUGCUUGUUUACAUGAUUUCAUCUCCAAAUAAACCAUCUCACAUUGUUUACAGUGACUUUUCUGAUGCCAGUUAAACACCAGAGUGCUGUGUAUAAAGAAAUCGACAAAUUACACUGCAGCCAGUUUUGAAAUGUUUACUAUAAUAGCUUUGAAGUAACAUCUUUUUCCAUCAUUAAAUUCAUUUACUACA